AUGGUCGACUAUGGCGUCGGUUAUGAUUAUGGAUCUGUCAUGCAUUAUGAUCAGUUGGCGUUCUCCUCAAAUGGGGGAAACACAAUAUCUACUCUGGAUCCCAAUUACCAAGCAACAAUUGGGCAGAGAGUUGCACCAUCAUUUGCUGAUGUCAAACGGAUCAAUCUGGCUUAUUGCAACUGUAAAAAUCAAAAUGAUUGUCUAUGCUUCAUUUAUUCUAUUUUAGCUACUUGCUCGGACAAACUUGAUUGCCAAUUCGGAGGUUACAUAAACCCGAACGACUGCAACAACUGCAAAUGUCCACCUGGUUUUGGCGGACAAUUGUGCAACGUGUCUGCUACAAGCAGUAGUGGUUGUGGAACCGGAAAUCUUGAGGCUACGAGCACCGUUCAAAGUAUCUCGGCAUCAGGAGCGUUAACCUGUAAUUACAUCAUCACGGUAAGCACACAACUUUCAAAAAGUCUUUGGAAAAUACAAAGUUCAAUUUUGUUUUAAAGAAAACUGUUUCUUUCAGAGUGCUUUUUGCUUUGUCUUUCUUAAAAUGUCUUAGAUUCCAGGCUCCAGUUGGUGCAAAGGUGUACUUCCAAAUGACCGGAGCAACAUUUUCUCGAUCCUCUCCAUGUUCAUCAAACUAUUUGGAAAUCAACUAUCUCACUGAUUUCACAUUGGCCGGGGCCAGAUUUUGCACUUCUUUUCCAACCAUUUCGGUCUCCGAAACAAACACAUUGGUAGUCAUUUACAAAGGAGUGUCAGGAGCAGCAUUUUCGCUGAACUAUCGUUAUGAUCCAGUCACCUUCUCAACAUCUUCUCCCACGACUUCUGGAACGUCUACAACUUCUACAACAACAACCACUACAACUCAACGACCAGCUUCUACUACAUCUACUUCAACGACAAAAACAAGCACAGUUGCCCCAACCACUACAACAACAAAGAAAACCACUGCUACUACCACAACUGCAACUACAACUACAGCCCGAAUCACCACGAUCACAUCCACAUCUAA